AUGGUGUUCAUAAAGGUCGUAAAGACUAAUGCUUACUUCAAGCGCUUCCAAGUCAAAUUCAGACGACGCCGUGAAGGAAAAACUGACUACCGUGCCAGGAAGUUCCUUACUUUCCAACACAAGAACAAAUACAACACUCCUAAGUACAGAUUCGUGGUCAGAUUUACCAACACAAACAUCAUUGCCCAAAUCAUCUACUCCACUAUUGUAGGUGACAGAGUUCUUAGCCAAGCUCAAUCUAAAGAACUUGCCAAAUACGGACUUGGCACUGGAUUCACCAAUUACCCAGCUGCUUAUGCCACAGGUCUUCUUUUAGCAAGAAGAACCCUCAAACAACUCGGACUUGAUGACCUCUACAAAGGAGUCGCUGCACCAACUGGAGCUGCUUUCGACGUUUACAAAGAUAUGGAAGCAAGAGAAUCUAAAGGAGAGGAAAUCAAAAAGAGACCAUUCAAAGCUUACCUCGAUGUUGGUCUUGUCUGCACCACAACUGGAAACAAAGUCUUCGGAGCUCUUAAAGGUGCUUGCGAUGGUGGAAUUCACAUCCCACACUCAGUAAAGAGAUUCCCAGGCAGCAAGAAGGAAGACGGAAAAUGGAAAUACGACGCUGAAGUCCACAGAAAGAGAAUAUAUGGAGUCCACAUCCAAGAGUACAUGAAAUUACUUAAGGAAGAAGACGAAGAAAAAUUCUCUAAGCAGUUCACCCUCUGGAACGAAAAGCUUGCUGGAAAAACCGUAGAACAAACUUACAAAGCCAUUUUUGAAGCCAUCAGAAAAGAUCCAUCACACGCCAAGAAAGAGAGAGCUCAUCCUCCUGUGCAUACUAGAGAAGGACAGUUCAUUAAGACUCACACUGCCACUUAUCCUAGAAACUCAAGGUUUACCAACGCUGAAAGGAAAGAAAGAGUUAAACAAAAGAUCCUCAACGCCGCCAAAAGCCAAGCUUAA